ACGUCUGCAUCGUUGUUUUCAUCCCCCUGAUUGUCACCAUGAAGGAAGCGAACAUGGAUCUCCCUGUCAGCAUGGGGGCCCUGCUGCAGGCGGACUUCACAGAGGACGCUGCUUACCGGGAGGACGGCCUGUGCGUCGUCGGUAUCUUCGGUAAAAGCACCAUGCAGCCCGGCCCGCUGAAGGAGUCUCUCCUCAACAAUCUGUCGGACAAACACAUCUUCUCUCUGUUCAGCGGGGCGGAGGACGGCGGCACCGCGGACAGCCACAUCCAGGCGCUGUACCAGCAGGAGAGCAGGGUGCUGUACCUGAUGCUGUCCUCCGUGUACGACAGCCAGCAGCUCCUGCGGGCCUGCCAGGCUCUGAGCGCCGCGGCGGGACACUCCGACGCGCACGAUUUCUGGAAAGGUCUGGACCGACAGCACUGCCUCCACCUGCUCUACAUGUUCUCCGUGUGCCACGUCCUCUUGCUCGUCAACCCGAACCAGACCUUCGAUGUGACUUACGACCGGCUUUUUAGAGCCCUGGAUGCCCUGAGACAGAAGGUGCUGCCUCUGAUCCGGGCUGCCAUCAAAGACUGCCCGGUGUCCAAAGAGUGGAAGGUGAACUGUCGGCCCUGUCCUCCACGCCUGCUCUUUGUCUUCCAGAUGAACGGCACUCUGAAGGUCUCCAAUGGCUCCGACUCUGGAGGAAAUCUGGACAAACCGAAGAAGCACUCUCCUCGGAGGAGGCUGCAGCACGCGCUGGAGGACCAAAUCUAUCGCAUCUUCCGUAAAAGCAGAGUCCUGACCAACCAGAGCAGCAACUGUUUGUUCACCGUCCCCGCCAACCAGGCGUUUGUGUACGUGAUACCGGCCAUGGACGAGGACCCUGUGGGCACCUUGAUCAGUCAGCUGCGAUCCAACUGCAUCCUGGGUGACCAGGAGUCCACCACGCCGGUGUCGGGGCCGAGGCGUUACCAGCAGAUGCGGCGUUCGGCUCGGCAGGCCAGCUUCGGUUGUGAAUCUUUCAGCGGCUCGAUGGGCGGCCAGCUGGUGGACUGCAGCUUGAAGGAAUUCCUCUGGCAGCACGUAGAGCUGGUCCUGACCAAGAAAGGCUUCGACGACAGCGUCGGCCGAAACCCGCAGCCUUCACAUUUCGAACUGCCGACGUACUCCAAGUGGGUCCAGGUUGCCGGCAGACUCCACCAAGUCCUGAUCAAAAACACAGAAGAAGAAAUCGCAGAGCUAGCUACUAAAGUGCAAAGCCAGUUGAAGGUGUUGGAGGGUUUUCUGGACGCAGACACAAAGUUCUCUGAAAACAGAUGUCAGAAAGCUCUGCCUCUGGCUCACAGCACGUACCAGUCCAACCUCCCCCACAACUACACCACCACAGUGCACAAAAAUCAGCUGGCACAGGCGCUGCGGGUGUACAGCCAGCAUGCCCGAGGCGUGGCGUUCCAGCGGUACGCACUGCAGCUUCACGAAGACUGCUACAAGUUCUGGAGCAACGGGCACCAGCUGUGUGAGGAGCGAAGUCUGACCGACCAACACUGUGUUCACAAGUUCCACCUGCUGCCUCAGCAAGGAGAGAAGCCUGACAUUGACCGCAACCCUCCCAUCCUGAACCACAACAGCAGGGGGCGCUCCACCAGCUCCUGCAACUGUGGCAGGAAACAGGCUCCUCGAGAGGAUCCGUUUGACGUCCAGGCGGCCAACUAUGACUUCUACCAGAUACUGGACGAGAAAUGCUGCGGGAAGCUGGAGCGGAUCGAGUUUCCCGUGUUCCAGCCGAGCACUCCGGACCCGGCUCCAGCCUCCAACCAACAAGUUCAGAAAGUCCCAUGUGAGGCGCCGGGGUCUGGUGAGACCGAGAAGCUGAAGGAGACGAGCACGGCCCAGAGCCACACCCCUGGAGACCCCAGCCUCAGCCUGGCUCUCAGCCUGGGCCAGUCCACCGACAGCCUGGGGCCGUACGGGGACGGAGACGGAAACGAAUCUCAAGUCCAGCAGAAGAGGCCGAGCCUUGUGGACCGCCAGCCCUCCACUGUGGAGUACCUCCCCGGUAUGAUGCACUCCGGCUGCGCCAAAGGCCUGCUGCCCAAGUUUUCCAGCUGGUCUCUGGUCAAACUGGGUCCAGCCAAGUCCUACAACUGCCACACGGGUCUGGAGCAUCCAGGCUUCCUCCCCGGCUCCUCAUUCCUCUUGCCGUGGGACUUGGUGAUCCGCUCUCGGUCGGAGGAGGACACGGGACUGACGGAGCCUUUAGACGGGAGCACCUCGUCAUGGCCGGCUCCUAACAAGACCCUGGUGGGGAAGCGAGGAAGCACCGGGGGGCUGGGUAGGAGUCGCAGGAGGGACGACACGGCUCGGGUCUUUGUUGGGUUCGAGUACGAGGACAGCAGGGGGAGGCGCUUCAUCAGCUGCGGCCCUGAUAAGAUAGUGAAGGUUCUGGGGCCGGGGGGCACCAAAGACCCCGCCACCAGGGUGUUAAACACAGACAUGCCGCUGUACGUCCCCUCACCAUCACAGGGACGCGGUGUGAAAGCUCACUUUGCCCAGCUCGCCCGCCUUUAUAUCGUGGUGCCUGACGCCCCGCUGGAGGUCACUCUCAACCCACAGGUCCAGCCUGGUCCUCCUCCCUGCCCAGUUUUCCACCCGGAGCAGACAGAUUUGGUGUUACCGUCCGACGGUCUUUGGGUGCUGCGGUUUCCUUACUCGUACGCGACCGAUCGAGGCCCCUGUUACCCCCCGAAAGAGAACCAGCCACUCAACAACUACAAGGUGCUGCGGGGCAUCCUGAAGGCCAGCACUGCUAACCCUCCACCACAGUGAGCUGUAACCUUUACAGUGAGGAAGACUUCAUGAUCCUGGACUGAGGACCCGAGACCAGCUGAUGACCAACAGACCUCUUCAGAUCCUCAUCGCCGUCUGGCCUUGACCCACACUUUCAGUCCAUGACAAGUGUGUGAAUUGAAUGAUUUGGUUUCUGUGUUCAUGGUCCAACCUUUGAAUGUACGUAAAUAUGAACGUCAAGUCGCCAUCUCCUUCUGUUGUACAAAUUUGAAGCCAAAAUACCCCUGCAAUGGGCGCUGAUAUUUUACGCUGGUGAUGUCGUUUUUGAGCCAAGACAUGCGCAGAGGGCGGGGGAUCUGGCUGAUGACAUCACAGCAAACAAAGAUCCUAUCAGAUCAGUACAGUCCUCGGCAGAACGGAUUCCUUGAAGAGACACUCAGUAAUGGAAGAAAAAUGACUCUUGUGUUUGUAUUGGUCACAUCUUCUCCUUUACUCUGCCUAUACGAGAAAGAACGCCGCAGGAGCCACAGAGCUGUCAAUCAUGAUGUUGCGUCCUCUCUUCUUCGCGUCAAAUGACGUAUUAAAACUAAAGCUCUCAGAAACACAUCGCUGGUUUGAGAAACACUUAUUUGAUGUUUAUUUUGAGUUUCACACUUUGACCCCUGUUCCAUCUGAUAACUUAAGUCCUUUUCAGACUGCCGGUGAUAUCUCUCAUUUAAUAUGAAUGUCACAGAGGCCUAAUGUGAGGAGUGAGCGAUCCCCCUCUGUGCCGCACUUUGGAGGUAGUAACACAGGGGUGAGAUGAGACGUUGUGAUGUGACACCAAUGAUUCAGCCGUUUGGGGAAUGUACCAGAACUUAAUGAUGGAGGAGCUUUGUUUUACGGCGCAGUUGAAGAAAGUGGCUAUAGAGGAGGCGGGUUUAUGUCAUACACUGCAGCCAGCCAGUAGGGGGAGCGCUAAAUCUUUUGGCUUCAAAUCCAGGAGCUUUUUGUUUCGUCCUUUUUUUAUAUUGAACCCUGUUUACUAAAAGAAUAAAUCAACACUUUUUAUGCUCCCCUAAGGAAGGAGUCAUCCAGCAGGGCCAUCUUUUGUGUUCUUUUGAAUGAUAAAUAGUUCUGGAGGAGUUCUGAUGGACACUGUAACACAGCUUCAGGCUGCCUGCGUCUUCAGGACUGCCACUCUGUGUCCGUGUUCAACCGUUUCUGUAACUUUCUGAAACAAACUCUGAUUUUCACACCGACUUCACACUGUGAUUGGACAGCUGUGCGGCGGAGGCGUCGAGUCGAGCGGUAUGUGAGCUUCUUUAUUCAGUUCUUCAAACCACCACCGGUAUGUCUGUCACUUUUCUCGUCAACAAUUCGUCCAACCCCAUUCACUAUAAAUCAUAAAUGUAAAAUUAAAGAAUGUGCAAGCUGCGUAGAAAUGCAAAAUAAGGCUCUCUGUAGUAAAGUGUUCCCUAUACUGUGUGUGGUGUGGAACAGCGUUACAACACUUAUUAAAUACUGUACACAGAACUAUGCUCUCCUGAAACACAGGGCACUGGAAGGUAACCUCAUGUUUGUUUGUAAAUAAAAAAUAUAUGUUUGUCA